GUUCGAAGUAAACGGAACGCUUUAGAGACUCUAGAAGUGUUUAAAUCCAAAAUAAAUAUCUGCAUUUUCAUUGUCGAGAUACACAAUUCAUAACCAUCAUGAACUCAUCGGGUGCUGGUCCCUCGGCAGCUGACAACAUAUAUUUUCCUGGGACAGUUUCGUUACUGCAGGAUCUCGAUAAGAAGCUGAUGGUUCUCCUCCGUGAUGGUCGAGUACUUAUUGGAAUACUAAGAUCGAUUGACCAAUUCGCAAACCUCGUUUUGCACCGAACUAUUGAGCGCAUUCACGUAGGCAAGAAAUAUGGCGAUAUCCCUAGAGGUGUGUUUAUUGUUCGCGGCGAGAACGUAGUGUUACUGGGCGAAUUCGAUGAAUCUCGGGAAUGUAUGGCUGGCUUACAAGAAGUUGGUGUCAACGAAAUCCUUGAAAUUCAACGAGAAGAUACCCGCAUAAGGCGUGAGACCGAAGAUCGACGCACAAGGGCCCUCCGGGAACGUGGCCUUCUUCAGUACUCGCUCGUUGAGUCUGCCCACAAUGAAGACUUUUAGGAAGAGAAAAAAAAUCGUCUUGAUUUAACGACGAAUAUAUUCAUUAUAUUGUUAGCAAUUAUCAUUUGUUAGAUUGUGUUUGAAACGCAAAUUCAUUAAGGACACAAUGGCUAUUGUCAUAUAAUCGAGUGUUGCAGAGAAUCAACGAAACGUGCGUAUUUAUUUAUCCAGCUGCCGGCACGCCUCGACGUGUCAGAUCGGCUGUAUUUUUUUUGGGUAUAUUGUUGUAGAUGAUCAAAGAUUGUUGAUCUAUGCGUUCCAAUUAAACAGGCGCCUGUAACAUAUUGAUUACAACACAAUCAUGAAGCUAGCUACGGAUGCUGCUGCUGGUAGAAUAGGCCUGUCGCUUGGAGAAACUAAGGAAAGCUUUCAUUGUAAAACGGAAAGUUCAAAAUAAGGUUUUGUUGGUUGUGGACUUGGGCGAAUAAAGUAAGUGACAAUUUGGUGCGAUGACAAUGUUUGUGAGAGCAAGUUCUAUACCACAUAUAAAACUGUGGUGACAACGAUGAUGCUUGUAAUGUUCUUCUCAUUGAAGAUUCGUAGUUAUUUUUUAAUGUAAACAAAUGACCGCGUACAUGCGACGUAAUACAACAGCUACGAUGUACAUACAACUAUAAAUGACAUUAGUUUCACUUACACAUAAAUAAUAAGCGGAAACUAAAUCAACUAUAAAAGGCAAUGAAAUAAAUAAAAAAAAAAAAAAAAAAAUUAACAUAAAAGGCAUUGAGCAAUAAUGAGACGGGAAGAUAUUCGUGUAUUAUAGCCAGUAUGGGCGCAAAUGGAGCGGUAGGCAUUUUUGAAAGACUACCCAAGAGUAGUAUUCUGUAAAGAAGGAAAAAGCAUUUUCCUAUCUGAUAAGGCAUCCCUGGGAAAUAGCGAUACUCUGACAUGUCUAUUUUAGCAAAAACGAGCCUUUAUCGCGAGCCAAUAGUUAUAUCUGACCGUUAUUAUUUUCAAAAGUCACUAUUCUUUUGAAUCGGUAGUUUAACUGCUAACUUUUUUUUUUUUUUUUUUUAUUAUCUUUAAACCCAUUUCAACUAUGAGCACGACAAGUUUCCUCAAUGCAUUCUCAAGAAAAAAAAACAUAGAUCUUUAACUUGAACAUUUUGUAAAUCCUGUACGUCCUUUUAGGGGCCGAUGGGAGCAACGCGUUUAUGACAGUGUAGUGAAAACAUUUUUUCUGUUGCAGCGGCAAUAGGCCAUGAUAACGAUAAAGUUAUUUGAAAUACUACAUAGUGGCAACAAUCAUAUAUUGCUACAGCGAAAGUAAAACUUCCUUCAUUCUCGUCAUCCUUUGAUCGCAAUGUUGUUUAUAACAAUUAUUGCAAGAGGGUGUUCCGAAUCGUAAAUACGAAGCAAUUCAGUGAACGUUUUCGGCAUACUUUCAAGUAACUUAAAUUUUAUCACAAAUGCAGCAAAGUUUUCUGAACUAUUUAAAGCUUAACUUAUACUCUAAAAUGACUAUCCAGCGCUGAGAACGUCCUUUAAAACAACCUAGUUUCAUCGUGUUUCGUCUUCAUUUCGCAUUUUUAAUCCAAGACUGUAAGCCAUGUAUGUGUAGACGGCUAGUGUUUCUUUUAGUUGUCAACGAGACAUGAUUGGGUGGCGCGGUGACUAAAAAAUUGCAAAAAUAAUAAUGGGCCCAUAGUCACUCUGCCGCAUUUGAAUAGUUGGUCGUCUGGCCCCAGCUCCUCUUAGCAUAAUAAUACAAGCAGUAAUUUAGCAAUAAUUUUGCUUGAAAAAACUGGAAAUUAAUUGAGCGGUAAGAGUCGCGAUCUUAAAAGCGAAAUUGUGCUCCUCUGUCGAGGUCAUUUCAAUUUAUCCAUCCAAGCAGACGAUAGAUGUCAUGUUUGACGGGUCCAAAAACCUACUGGGCCAAAAUUAUUUUGUAAAACUUGUUUCAUUCCGCUUUCAAAUGCUGAACACCUUCUUCUAACUAACGCAAUUUAGCCAAAAUAAAGAAAAUCGUUUUGGCAUCAAGCUGAGUGUAUUUCGAUUUAUAGCACUGAAUGGAUAUGAAAAAUCAAAUGCAUUUAAGGAUUAUUUAUUUUUGGACACAACGAGGCUUAAGUCUGAGCCCGAAAAACGGCGAUUGCCAAUUAGGUUACUGCCACAUCAUUUCUAAGAGUACCCUCUUUAUAGUUUACCGAAACACGCCUCUCAACUCGUAAAUCUUCGGGCAAGAAAGUCUCUGGGUUCCCGUAUCGAUACAACUACCUCCUUGAUUUUGAAGCAGAACACACUGUGCUUUGUGUCCACUAAAAUACAGGUUUACAGAGAAAGCAAAAGCAAAUUCACAGCAGGAACAUGGAAAGGACACGAUCGAUAUCUCGAAUUUUUAAUAUCUUCUGUAAAUGUAACGGUGUCAUUUGUUGUCUUCUAACUUCUGAAAAUUAUCCGCUAUUAAAUCCGGAUUAGCGACAAGUCAACAUCUGGGCCACUUGAUCAAGAGGUUGUAUCCAAACGGCGUUUUAGUUUUCAUCAAAGUAUUUUACAAUGCUUCCGCACGACCUCAAGUUGUCUCUCAUUGUAUAUAUUGGUAAACCUUUGGCACUGUUAUAUAAACUAACCCAGUAAUAGCAGGUGUUGAAAUCUGGGUGCGCGAUUAUAAUGAUUUCCUAAUCGAUUUAAAAUGCUGAACUCAGGCGAACAUGCAUGCGAGUGAAAUAAACUAAUUACAUCGGCAGCCUUCAUUUUAAG